AACAAUUGGCAACUGGUCUGCCAGUUGUAUAGAAUUUUUUACAUUCAAAUAUAAACAUAUUUGUAACAUUGUACCGGGGCCAUGCAGUGCGAGGAACCGAUGUUACGCGGCGGCAGUAAUAUCAUGAAGUGGCUCAUUAACAUCAACAUUAUCCAAUAACGCUAAAAUGUAGUCACACGCGCCUAUCCACCGCAUAUACAUAUGUGUUAUACUUACAUAUAUGUUCAUAAAAAUCUGGGGAUGCGUAUUAUGUAUAUACAUGUGUAUACCGAAUUGUCAUACAGACAAAACACAAACAUAAAUCGCGUGAAAUUUGAAUAAAAUUUAAUGAAAUACCAUCGUUAAUAAUAUUGUAUAUAUAAAAUGGCCAGUUCACCAGCAGCCAGUAUUGAGAAUCAAAUUGACAGUUUCUUGGAACAGUUUAAAAGAAGUGCUACUCGUGCAAUGGAGGACAGAUCAGUUCGGAGCAACAACAAUGCCAGCAGUAUCGAGAACUUCGAUCUGGAAAUUCUUGAGGCUGACGAUGUCGAGAGUAUGACCGGCGAGAUUGAGAACGGAGACUUAGCCGUGCAAGACGUCGCAGAUCUUCUUCAACCGCAGUACGCUAUCAUUACAGGUGGAAAAACAAGAGAAGGAUGUCCGAUAAUCACAUUCCCAGAUAACGGAAAUUUUCCAAAUUUGAGUGACUUGGAUUAUCAGCGGCUCAUGCUAUAUCUGACCUCAGUUCCAACAUUACAAGAGGCCGAUCUAGGAUUUCAUCUGAUAAUUGAUCGCAGGAAUGAUAAAUGGAACUCUGUAAAAAACGUGCUGCUCAAGAUAUCCGCAUUCUUUCCUGGCUUGGUACACGUAGCGUACGUUCUUCGUCCAGCCGGUUUUCUUCAAAAAGCCAUAUCUGAAGUCUCGAACAAAUUGUUUCGCGAAGAGUUCAAAUUCAGGGUCAUAGUUUUGGCAAAUGUUCUCGAGUUGACCGAUUUCGUUGAAAAAGAUCAGCUCACCGAGCAACUCGGAGGUGAUUUACCCUAUUGUCAUCACACCUGGAUACAAAACAGAAUUAGUCUGGAGAAAUUCUCCUCCAUAACGCAGGAGGUAUCUCUCGCUCUGGAUUCCUUCACUCGACGUUUAGCCGAAGUUGAGUUUCCAAAUAACACUAUCGCGACCACAACAUUGCUGAAUCAACAGCAGACAGAAUACAACGAACUCAAAGAAGAAAUACUUAGCGCAGCCAAACACGGUGAAACGCUAUUAGACAGCGUUCGACAAUUGACUGGUAAAAGCACUGCUGACCGUUUAGGAAACGUUGCCGCUGUGGAGAGGUUGCUGGUACAGUUAGAGGAAACGGAGAGAACGUUUGAUCUGUUUUGGUCCCAUCACAGCUCCCGGCUGAGGCAUUGCCUGGCCUUGCGUCAAUUCGAACAGGAUUUCAGGGAGCUGCAAGCGAACUUGGACCAGCACAUGAAAACAGUCGGAGACAUGACGGAGGUUGGCGAGACCCAGUCGAGAGUAAACCAAUUGCUGCGCGAUACGUCCACUUUUCAGAGGAUAUGCAGAGGAGACAUAGAUCGUGCCGAAGAAGUAAUAUCGGCCGGUCAACAACUUUUGUCCGGUCGACAUCAGUGUCCUGCCGAAGUCGUCGAGCCAAAGUGUGCGGAGCUUCAGAGGAUUUGUACGAUUCUUAGUCAAAGACUGGAAAGGAGGUUGCACACUUUGACAAAAUGCAGAGAACUUAUGGAAAGGAUAGACAAGGCAAAUACAUGGUGCACUCGUGGCAUAGAAUUAUUGGCGUCUCAAACCAACGCAACAACCGCGCCCGAAGAGGCUCUACAAAGUCUACAACAGCUUAUCGAAUCGGCAGCAGAAUUUCAACAUCCUCGAUGCAUAUUUCAGGAUUCUAUAACCCCGGAAACCAAAGCACUUGUAACACAGGUAUUGCAAAGAAUAGACGACGUUCAGUUGAUGUGCGAUAAAAGGAUUGUCGCCCUGAAACAGCAACUCGUGAAACCAACCAGACCUGUUCAAACUGUGACGCCAGAGCCAGCUAGACCGAUUCAACCUCCGCCUCAAAUGGUGAAGCCGAGCAGGGUUCUGAAAAAGGCGAACACCAUGCCAAAAAUGGAAAUGAGCCCGAUCGAGGGAGAAGUCGUGUCGCCUGACGGAGAACCCCGUGAUUUCGAAGCUCUGCGAUUGAAACGAGGCCACGUUUUGGCAGAGCUAAUCGAAACUGAACGAAUUUACGUAGCGGAACUUGGCUCGAUAAUUAAAGGAUACAAGAUAGAAAUGACCAAUGAGUUAAUGGAACAUCUGGUGCCCGCUGCUUUGGUUGGGAAAGCUGAUGUACUUUUCGGAAAUUUGGAAGACAUUUACCUUUUCCACGGAGAAACUUUCCUCAAGGAUCUCGAGAAUUGUAUCUCGAACACAGAACUCGUCGCGCUUUGUUUCGUGCAGAGGCGUGAGAUAUUCUUCAGACUCUACAGCUACUACUGCCAAAAUAUUCCCCGAUCGGAGAGGCUUCGAGAACAAAUUCAAAGCGAGCCACAAUUUUUGGCCGCUUGUCAACAGAGACUCGGUCACAAGUUACCCUUGGCUGCGUACCUGCUCAAGCCUGUUCAGCGCAUUACGAAGUAUCAGCUGCUUUUGAAGGAUUUGCUGAAAUACACGGAGGAUCAAUCCUGCUCCACCCAACUUCAAGAAGCUCUGGAUUGUAUGCUCGUUGUUCUAAAAUGCGUCAACGAUAGCAUGCACCAAAUAGCAAUCACUGGGUUCGGAGGCGAUUUGGGCGUGCAAGGUGAACUUUUGAUGCAAGGUUCGUUCAGCGUUUGGAGUAGCAGCAAGAGAGAACGACUCCUCCGGUUAAAACCUUCCCAGAGGCACAUUUUUCUGUACGAAAAAGCUUUCAUAUUUUGCAAACACAGUAAACCUCAGGCCCACAAUAAGGCAACGUAUCACUUCAAAAGAUAUCUCAAGAUGUCACAGAUCGGUUUGACAGAAUCGGUGAAAGGCGAUGCGAGAAGGUUUGAAAUCUGGCUACAAGGCCGUGCCGAAGUGCACACAAUCCAAGCGCCAAGUAUCGAUGUCAAACAAACUUGGGUGAGACAGAUAAAAGGAGUCCUGAUGUCACAACUUGCAGAAUUGAAGGGGAAGCAGAAUACAGCGCUUGGCAAAUCCAAUCACAAACCUUUGCGUCAAACCAUUUCAUGGGAAGCUCAAAGCAGCGUAUCCGGAUCAUUGCGCACAUUGUCGGUCGACGGCAACAGCGUGAUUACACAUCCGAUGGAUUUGCCCCAAAACACAGAUGACGACGUCGGUUGGAGUUCAGAAAACAGUAACACGGAUGACGAAGACACUUUUAGUGAAAAUCCUGGACUUACUCCGGGAGGUAGAUACAUAGCUCUAGCCGAUUACUGCGCGGUUGGUGAAUCAGAGGUAACGAUGCACGAAGGGGAUAGUUUGGAACUGCUUAAGGUCGGUUGCGCAGGAUGGUGGUUUGUCAAGCUAAUCAGCACCGGCUUAGAAGGCUGGGCACCGGCAGCCUACUUAGAGCCAAUUAGCAGGAAAACAUCACGCAGCUGCCAGUCGGUAAAUAGUCAAGAAACUAUGUGAAAUAGGCGACUAACACGCUAGAUUGGACCUAGUGUGUUAGAAAUUUUCACUCCCACGUAUCGAGCGUGCUUUUUGGAAUGCCGGCAGCGCCAAGUUUCCAAAAAACGGGAAUUUUAAAAUCACGCGAUAAGAUUUGAAAAAUCUUACGCUGAGUUACGCAACAUUGAAGGUUCGACGAACAAGAACAGCGUCAAAAACUAUGCAUCGACACUUGAAACAAAAAAGUGGUCAAGUUUUGAGAAUCU